AUGGUACGACAUGAAAAGGGCGAUGCCCCCUUUAAGAAGGGGAACGAGAUGACCAAACACGUGAUUUGGCAAUUUCGGCGGAUUAUAGUGCAAAUUUCAGCUGUUCUCAUUCUCUACUUGCUCAAUGUGCUGAAAUUCACAGAAAGCCAGUCGACUAUUUUCUUCAACAGCUUUACAGUUCUUUGCUACCUGACACCUUUACUCGGAUCAAUAAUUGCUGACGGCUAUAUUGGAAAGUUUUGGACGAUUUUCUUCGUAUCGAUACUGUACGCCUGCGGUCAAGUAAUACUGGCUGUUGCUUCAAUUAACAACAAAGAGUCCAGUAUUCAUCCAUGGAUGGAUUUAGCAGGAUUGAUCAUUAUCGGCUUCGGAACAGGUGGUAUCAAACCUUGUGUGUCUGCCUUCGGUGGUGAUCAGUUUGAAAUAGGCCAGGAUAGGAUGCUCUCGUUAUUUUUUUCUAUGUUUUACUUCUCGAUCAAUGCUGGAUCAAUGAUUUCCACCUUCAUAUCACCAAUUUUUCGAUGUAAGUGGACAUUAGCGGCCGUACAUUUUAGUUCUGCCAUCACUACAUAG